AUGCCAAAUUUCGCACCCAACACUUUCAACCAGACUCAGUUCCCCACCCCACCACCACCAUUCAACCACUCCCAUUAUCCCCAACAUAGUCAACCUACUCAUGCCAUGCACAACUUGAAUCCCUUUGGUGGUGUAGGCAACCUCCAACAGUAUGCCCAGCGUUCACCAAGUUAUCAAGGUUUUCAACCACUACCCAACUUUAGCUUCCCAAGUGGAAUGUUUGUAGGUGCUGGUGGUGGUGCAUCUUCGCAUGGCUUAGAUUCAGCAACCCCGCAAUCGCAAAUAAGAGAGCUGGAGCUAGAUGAAGAAAAGGAAGAUUCAAGUGCCAGCAGCCCUAAUGAAGAAAGGAGGGCUGUGAGAAUUAAUUACACUGAGGACAAGAACCUAUGCCUUGUAAGUCUUUCGAUUAAGCAUUCAGUAGAUCCAAUUCGUGGCACAGAUCAGAGCAAAGAGGCCUACUAUAACAAGAUAGCAGAAGCGUUCAAUUCGGGCCUAGCUGAAGGUGCAGGAAGAAGGUCAAAAGGGAUAGCUCAAAAGCCAUUAGGGAAGAAUUAA